AUGGACGUUGACAUGAUAAAGUUAUCAUCAUCAACGGCAGGAGAUCACCACCAGCAGCAGCAGCUUGACAUGAUGACAAUCAUGAUGCAAAUGGAGAAGCCGAACCCUGAUCAUGAUCAUCAAUUAAUCUGCGACGUCCCUUAUCAGAACACAACACCACCACCACCAACGUUUCUAGACAUCAACUUCUCCGAGCCAAAUAUAUUCCAUAAUCCUAACGUCGUUUCUUCUCCUUCUUCAUCCGUUCAAACGACAACUCUUCUCAAUCUCGCAAGCUCGUCUGUUUCCUUCAUGGGAAACCCGAUUCAGGAACCGGUGACUCCCCCUCUUCAGCCGAUGAGAUUCAAAACAGGUGGUGCAAUGCCGAAUAUGAGCAAUAACAAUAAUAUUCCUCAUCCGUAUGAUAAGAGGAGCAAUUCCAUGGCGGCGAUGAGAGAGAUGAUCUUCCGGAUCGCGGCGAUGCAGCCGAUCCACAUCGACCCCGAAUCAAUAAAGCCGCCGAAGAGGCGCAACGUCAAGAUAUCCAAGGACCCGCAGAGCGUGGCGGCGAGGCACCGGAGGGAGAGGAUAAGCGAGAGGAUAAGGAUUCUGCAGAGACUCGUCCCCGGAGGGACCAAGAUGGACACGGCGUCAAUGUUGGAUGAGGCAAUUCACUACGUCAAGUUUUUGAAGAAGCAAGUGCAGACGUUGGAGCAGGCCGGGGCUAAUAGGCCCGCUGUGGGGCCGGGUGGCGCGGUAGGGUUUGCUGCUGGGCCCGCGCAUUUGGCAGCCGGGAACUUGAAUUACUAUGCUUUCUUGAAGGCCUACCAGCCUAAUUCGGCUCCAAUGCUUAGAUGA